GACGUCGGAUGACCCCUCGGUGACGUUGUGGAGUCUGGUGAAGCUCUGAGAUGAUCUCCCGGCGGCCACCUUGGCACACCUCUGAGUGAUGAAGGCCUCUGACACAUUCCUCAUCCUCUUCCUCCUUCACGGGACUCUGUGUGUGUCAGGGAGGACUGUGAAGGAUACAAUUGAGGAAUGGAACCGCUACAGGAAGGAAUGUCUGCUCCAGAUGAGUACAGAACCCCGACCCAAAGGAGUGUUUUGUGGUCGCAUGUUUGACAUGUACGCCUGCUGGUCAGAUGGGAAACCCAAUUCUACGGUCAAAGUGCCCUGCCCCUGGUACCUGCCCUGGUACAACCAAGUGCGUAAUGGCUUCGUGUUGCGGGAAUGUGGUCCUGAUGGUCAGUGGACAACCAGCAACUCCAGCCACACCUGGAGGGAUCCUUCUCAGUGCAACACUGACAACAGCCAACAGGAAGCUCAGAAGAAGCAGAUGCUGAUCUUGGCCUCCUUCAGAGUCAUAUACACAGUGGGUUACUGUGUUAGUCUGGCCAGUCUCUCACUGGCUCUGAUUAUUCUGCUGUUCUUCAGGAAGCUGCACUGCACCAGAAACUACAUCCACACCAACCUGUUUGCAUCGUUCAUUCUGCGAGCAGUUUCCAUCCUGAGCAGAGAUGCUCUGCUUAGCAGAGACACUCCGGAGUUCAGAGACAACAGGGACAUCUUGGAAGUGCUAAGGGAUCAGGCAGUGUCUGGCUGCCGCGUGGCUCAGGUGCUGAUGCAGUACUGUGUGGGCGCCAACUACUACUGGCUGCUGGUGGAAGGCCUGUAUCUCCACAACCUGCUGGGGAUGAUGGUAUUCUCCGAAAACCGCUACUUCUGUGGAUACCUUCUCAUUGGCUGGGGCACCCCAGUGUUCUUUGUGGUUCCUUGGAUUAUUGUACGUUACCUGUUUGAAAACACAAGGUGUUGGGAGGUAAACGAGAAAAUGGCGCACUGGUGGAUAAUCCGCACUCCCAUCCUGAUCGCCAUUCUGGUGAACUUCUUCAUCUUUAUUCGCAUCAUCCAGAUUCUUGUAUCCAAACUGAGAGCCCAUCAGAUGAGAUACACCGACUACAAAUUCAGACUGGCCAAAUCCACCCUGACCCUGAUCCCUCUGCUGGGGAUCCAUGAAGUGGUCUUUGCAGUGUUGACAGAGGAACACACGGAUGGCGUCCUCCGCAACGUCAACCUCUUUUUCCAACUCUUCUUCAACUCUUUCCAGGGUUUAUUCGUAGCCAUCCUCUACUGUUUUAUCAACAAGGAGGUGCAGGCAGAGAUAAAGAAGAAAUGGCAGAGGUGGAAGCUGGGGAUGACUGACCUGGAUGACCAGAGAAACACUGGCAGCAACACGCCACAGGUUGUUGCCAGCGUGCCACCAUGUAGCCAGUGCCCCCAUCCGUCUCCCGGCCAUUCUCUCGCCCAUUGCCAAGAGGACAGCUGCCUCUCUGCUCCACCCUGCCCGUCUGCUUCUCCUCACCCUCAGCUCCCACUUCCUCACCCCUACACCCAGGACCAGCUGGGAGCCAGAGAGCUGAAGACCUACAGCUAUGUCCCUGCUAAUACACAGGGUGAAGGAAGUGGAGGAAAUGAGGAAAGCUACUGCUGAAAAGACAUGUGGACUAGCCAGACCCUCCUCAGCAGCGCUGGGGAGGAAGGUCUGGCAAAGCGAGACUAGACUCACUAACACCCGGACAGAGGAUUUCAGAUUCAGAAACGGUUUUAUUGCCAAGUAUGUUUUUUACACAAACAAGGAAUUUGUCUUGCUGUUCAUGUCACACAUUCUCUAAAUAUAAGAAGGAUCAGAUAAAUAUAAACAAUAUAAGUAUAAAUAUAUACACACAGUAUGUAUUAACUAAAAAAUAAAAAUAAGAUAGAAUAAAACAAGUUAAGUAAAAAGGAACGGUACAGCAAAGUAAGUACAGUGGCAUUAGGAGCCAGAGGUGGGGUCUGGAGAGAGUCAGGAGGGGUUCCGGGUCUUGUUGAAACGGCUAGUGGCUUAGGGGAAAAAACUGUUGUUGUGGAGUGAGGUUUUGAUACUGAUGGACCUCCCCCUCCUGCCAGAGGGGAGUGACUCAAAGAGUUCGUGGACAGGGUAUGAGGGGUCAGCCACAUGCUUUUCAGCACGCUUCAGAGUCCUGAUGGGGUACAGGUCCUGGAGCAGCGACAGUAGAUUGCAGCCAAUCAGCUUCUCUGCAGACCAAAUGACACGCUGCAAGCUGCCCUUGUCCUUGGCUGUGCUAGCAGCGUGCCAGAUGGUGAUGGAGGAUGUGAGGAUGUGAGGAUGGACUCAAUGAUGGCUGUGUAGAAGUGCACAGUCAUUGCCUUUGGCAGGUUGAAUUUCUUCAGCUUCCGCAGGAAGUGCAUCCUCUGUUGAGCUUUCUGGAUGAGGGAGCUGAUGUUCAGCUCCCAAUUGAGGUCUUGGGAGAUGAUAGUUCCUAGGAAGCUCAUAGUCACAGAGGCUGAUAGGGGCAGGUGAGGCUGAUUUCUUUCUGAGGACCAAGAUGGUCUGUCUUUAGAGCACCGAGCUCUAGGUUGUUUUGCUUGACCACGCUACCAGGUGGUCAGCCUCCCACCUGCAGACGGACUCGUCACCACCAGAGAUGAGUCCGAUGUCGUCCGCGAGUUUCAGAAGCUUGACGGACUGGUUCCUAGAGGUGCAGCUGUUGGUGUGAAGGGAGAAGAGCAGAGGAGAAACAUUCACAUGCUGAUUCCUGUCAGACAGUCAGGCACGCCGAGCUGGGAGAGCUUCUCCUGAAGCAAAGCUGGGAUGAUGGUAUUAAAGGCAGACCUGAAGUCCAAAAACAGGAUCCUGCCGUAGGCUCCUGCGGAGUCCAAGUUCUGGAGGAUGUAGUGGAGGGCCAAGUUGACGGCAUCGUCUACAGACCCAUUGGCUCUGUAGGCAAACUGCAGGGGGUCCAGGAGGGGGUCGUGAUGGCUUUGAGGUGAGAAAGCACAAGUCGCUCAAAGGACUUCAUAGCCCCCAGGGUACAGGACUGUUCACUUUUUACUUUGGAAAUGUUGACUUUGCACUUUUUUUACAGGAUGAGUGGUUUAGAAAAUAGACAGAUUGAUGCACAUGUUCUUAAGUGCCAGAAGUUGAUAAUAUCAUCCAGGAAGGUGUGUGUCUGGAAGAUUUGGGUAUUCAACCCUGUUAAAGUGUCUUACAGCAACAGAAUCUCAUGUAUUUCCUGAUAGUGUUGCUUACCCUGAUCUUUGACCAUUCUG